AUGGACUCUCCGUCUGUUAUGGUGAAGCGUAUGAUGGAGCGUAUUCGUGCUCGCACACAGCAGGAGCUCGCAGCGUCACCUGCCGCCAAGCUCUCCUUCGGCACCGCCACCGAGGCCGCCGGACCCAGGUCGUCGCUCUCUGGUGGUGGCGAGGCCAUGGCCGGCGCAUCGCUGGCUGCUAGUCGGCUGGGAGGCCGGACUGAUGGCUCGGGUUCUCGGUCAGAGUCGAUCAUGCGCGAGGCGUAUCUGGCAACGCUGGAGAGGGAGAAGGACAAGCUGGCGGCGGCGACAGGCAAGGCGGGCGCGGCAGCAAAUACCGCCGGCGACUCGGUUCGGGUGCUCAACGGGUCGGGCCUGAGCCUCGGCGCGACGAGCUAUGCUUCUCGUUCGCCAUCGCUGGCAGCAGAGCUGACGUCCGAGGCCGCGCGGACCUCCGGCGCACUGCAAAAGACCAUCCUCAACCUCUCGACUACGCUCGACUCGACCGCGGCGCAGUAUGAGGCCAAGCUCGACGAGCAAGAGGCUGCAUUCGAGUCGGAGCUUCGGGCGUCGGCGGCUCGGGAGGCACGCUCGCAGCAUGCCGUCCAGAUGACGACGGUCAAGGCCAACGAGAGCGUCGCCGCCCUCGAGGCUGCGCUGGCCGAGAAGGACGCCAUGAUCUCGUACUUGCAGCGAUCGGCACUGGAGAGCACCGACGGGUCAGCGGCCGCCGCCAGCGAGAUUGCGCGCCUCGAGGCCGCACUCGCCCAGACAAAGGCCACGCUCGAGUCGGAGCGCGCCUUCCACCAGGACCGCUCGCUCACCCACACCCAGACCAUUGCCGCACUCCGCGAGAAGCUCGCCGCCGCCGAGGCUGCCGCCGGCUCUAAGGCCACCGACGCUGCUGCGCUUCGCUCGCAGCUCGAGGCUGACCUCGCGCAGACGGUCGAGAAGCUCACCGCCGAGCGCAAGGAAGCCCUGUUUGCCGAGCAAAAGGCGGCGUCGGCCGAGCGUGAGUUGCGGCUGCAGCUCUCCGAGGCGCAGGCUCAGGCGCAGCGGGCGGUCGACGCCCGUGACGCGCUGCACGCCAAGUACGACGCAGCGCUCGAGAACAUCGACAAGCUCAAGGACGAGACCGCCGAGCUGCGGGCGGCGGCCAAUGACGAGCGUGCGGCGUGGAACGUCGCCCGCGACGAGCUCGAGGCCGAGUGGCGGAAGAACAAUGCGUCGGUGACCGCGCUGCUUCAGGAAGAGCGCUCACGUGCGUCGGGCGCUUCCAAGCGCGUCUCGCUCCUCGAAGCUUCGCUCGCUGCACUUCAGAACGAGUACGACGCGCUCAAGGAUGCCCACGCGGCCGCGCUCGCUGCCCGCGCCCAGGCCGAGCAGGACGUGACGUCGGCAGCCGAGGCGGGCAGGGCUGCGCUCUCCGCCGCUGUUGCCGAAGAGGCCGCCCGCGGCGAGGCUGCGCUCGAAAAAGCGGUCCGCGAGGCCGAGGCCCGCGUGGCGCAGGCACAGGUCGAUGCUGAAGCCAAGCUCACAGCGCUCCGCGAGGAGCACAACGCAUACGUUGCCGAGCUUCGCAACGACGCCGCCCGCGAGGCUGACGACUAUGAAGCCGCGUUGGCGGACGAGCGCGAGCGACUGGCCGCAGCCGAGCUCCGCUUUGCCGAGCAGCUUGACGGGAUGCAGAGCCAGAUCUCGGACAUCCUGGCGUCUUACUCAGCUGACGAGGCCGAUCGCGCGUCGACCAAGAUGGCGCUUCGCGACAAGGUUGCCAAGCUUCAGGCGGCCAACAAGGAGCUUGCACUCGUACUCGAGCACACCAAGCAGGCCAACAGCGUGCUGGAGAGCCAGCUGGUGUCGGCCAAGGAGGCGUCGCGGGCAACGUCGGCCAAGCUUGCCGCCGCCUACGCCACCAUCGACGAGCUCCGCGGCAACAUCGAGACCCUCAUCCAGGACCACCACGGCCAGCUCAACAGCCUUGUCUCCUCGCAGCAGGCCAAGCUAGAGGCUUACCGGCGCUCACUUGCCGACUCGCUACCGUCGCCACUGGCGCGCCAGCCUGAGCCGACCCCGCUCCCGCCGUCGCCGGUCCACGCCGCCACGCCCGAUCGCGGCAGCUCUGCGCCUGCUCCGCUCGGCGCUUCCGCCGACAACAACGUUGCUGCCAUCAAGGCUGCCAUUGCGACCAAGAACGCACGCGCGUCCGAGAUUGACGCCGCCUUUGCGCGUGUUGUCCGCGGCUUUGAGGAGGAGGCGUCCAAGGACACCGAGGCCACCAGCGCCCGCGACAACAUUGUGGCCGAAGUCUCGCAGCGGGUCUCGUCGAUGUUCGACACGUUUUUGGCGACGCAGGCUGCCGGUACAAGUGCUGGAGCCGGAGCCGACGCCGACGCCGACGUGAGCUCGUCCGACGAGUCCGAGUACGAGCACGAGCACGAUACUGAUGCAUCUACCUCGGUCCAGGCUCAGAUUGGUAUGCUACAGUCCAAAAUGUCGCAGCUGCAGUCGCAACUCCCGCAGUCGCCCAAGAAGUCACGCAGCAGUCGGCGCGGCGACGAGAGCCACGGCUCACACGGCGCUCGCCAGGGCCGGCAUAACGAGAGGCAGCCGGUGCGCCAGCGCGUGCGGCGGCGGUCGCGAUCAAGUUCGCAGACCGACAAGCCGUCGCGGACUGAAGGCCGUGGUGGUCAUCCUCGUCAUGGCCGCGAGCGCGGCCGCGGCCGCGAGCGCGAUCGCACCCCGGGCUAUCUCAGCGGCACUGCGGCGUCGCGCGGAAAGAGCCGUGACGGGAGUCGGAAUGUCCGCCACGCGUGGAAGUAAACGCCAUACAC